GGCAAUUAGCUAUCGAACAAACCAACUUUAUCAGACGAAACAGACAACACGUUGGACUUUAAAACUUUUAUACGGCACGUUUCAUCUGAGAACAACCUCGGAUAGUAGUUUCCCAAAGGAAAGCUCUGGAGAGUAGUUAGAUAUUUUCAUUUCUCGGCAAGCCCGUCGUUAGCUUAGCCUGGUUUGGUAGCCACAGCAAACCCACCGACAUUACAAUCCGUUUCCAGUGGUUUCCGUCGGUGUCGUUGUGGAUCACCGGGUCGGUUGGGUAACGUUAGCAGUUAGCCAAGUUUUCUGAUUUAAGACAAGUGGCUAUUAUAAAACCCCACACAGCUGGAAAUGAAUUCAAACGUGGAGAACUUGCCGCCUCAAGUGUUGAGACUUGUGUAUAAAGAGGUUUCCGCCUUGGCAGCAGACCCUCCAGAGGGGAUCAAGAUCUACCCCAGUGAAGAGGACAUCACAGAGCUGCACACUGCUAUUGAGGGCCCAGAAGGAACUCCGUAUGCGGGAGGGGUAUUCCGGAUGCGUUUGGUCCUUGGGAAGGAUUUUCCUGCUGCACCUCCCAGAGGUUACUUCCUCACAAAGAUUUUCCAUCCUAAUGUUGGGCACAAGGGUGAGAUCUGUGUCAAUGUGCUGAAAAGAGACUGGAAGGCAGAGCUGGGCCUGAGACAUGUAUUGCUUACUAUCAAGUGCCUUCUGAUCCAUCCUAACCCAGAGUCAGCCUUGAACGAAGAGGCUGGGAAGUUACUUUUGGAGGACUAUAAGGAGUAUGCAUCCCGUGCUCACCUUCUAACAGAGAUCCAUGCUAUGGGAGGCAAAUCAGGGGCCCCUCAAGAGCCUGCUGAUGGACCCCAACCCAAAAAGCAUGCAGGAGACCCAAACAAACGUGUAGUCGGUGCUGCUUUGGUAACAAAUGGGGUUGCCACCAACAAUUUAAGUAACAGCAGCUCCAGUGGCAAUACUAAUAUAGUUGCAAAGAAGAAAACUGAUAAAAAACGAGCUCUGAGGCGGCUAUAAAAAAGAAUGAGUCUGUGCUUUUUGUGUACAUAAUAUAAAUAUUGAAGUGUGCAGACCA